GUUAUGGGCGGUUGUUGGAAAUACUAAAUUUGGAAUUGGUUAUGUUCAUAAGGGUAAGGGAAGGAAGGCGGUAAGGUGUCAUAUUGAAGUUGAUGGUGUUUCCCCCAUUAGGGAAAACCGUUCAUUAGUAGGGAAAUCUAGGGCGUCAUGGAUG